AUGAGAAACACAACUACCCCUAGCAAUCUCGCCGAACCCAAAGCUUCGACGUAUCUCACCGUCAAGCUGAGGUCGGACCCCUCCACAACCUGGGCCGAAAUUUUUAACUUGCAACAAAUGAAGGACGACAUGGAGACGGCAGCUACCGGGUACGGCGAGAGCGGCGAUUACGCCGUUUACCUCACAUAUCAGAAGGCGGGCAACACGCCCCUUGGAUCGAAAAGGACAUACGUCUCCGAUUUCUUUGUGCCUCUAACUCUCCGACCCGAAGAGCACGUGAAAAUGGAGAUCUAUAAGAAGACGAUGAAGAAGCGGAAGACCUGUCGUUUCUGGGCCAUGAGGACUUGCCGCGCGCAUUUGGCUGGGGUCGAGUGCGAAUACGACCAUCCUGAGGGGAAGGGCAGUGUUGAGCAGGACCUGGCCAAGAAAGACAAGAUGGAGAAGGUGUGGCGGUAG